UUUUGUGAUCUUGGGGAGCGAGAGCCGUCACAGUGGGUUGGGCAAGAUUUUGUAAGGCAAGCCUUCCUGUUGCUGUGUCGCCCUCAUAACUUGGCAGACGAUUCUGCAGGACUCACUCCCUUUCUUGUUCUAGUGCCCUAGAGCUGAGAAAGAAUGGACGUUUAUCGGUGUCACGUAUUAAAUAUUUCCGUGUCGUUCAUGCUACGAAACCGUAACUGCCACCAUCUCAUCGCAGUCGGCUGCUUGAUCUAUUCGCAGCCAAAGUGAAAAAGAAAUGAAUCACCUUCAGUCAUCGGAAAUAAGAGACACAGGCUUAUAGUACGUGUUUGAAGGACUUCGAUGUUUUAGAGUUGAGUGAAUGCUGUACAUUUUCCGACUCAGUAUGGAGAGUAAGAGGAUUAAAUUGGUCAUAACGGUGGCUGACAUUCAAUUCAUACAAUGUGAGGCCUGCAACAGAGUUGUUGACUGGAGAUAGGAGCUUUGAGUUUGUGGUUUAUCAACGGUGGUGACACUAUCAUUCAGAUUUUGGUGAAGACAAUGUUUGGUGUUGACUGUGCUACUGGACCAUGUCGAACAUGAACGGGCUGAAGGUGGGAAAGUACACACCUAGCAGCACCAUCCACACAGAGCCUCUCACCAGCAAGUACGAUAUUUUGGGAGAUAUUGGCAGGGGCAAGUUUGCGGUGGUGCGCAAAUGCAUGAGCUUGGAGAGCAAGGAGAUUGUCGCCGCCAAGGUGAUUCGCAAGCGGCGAAAGGGCAAGAGCUGUCGUGAGGAGAUCCUGCGCGAGGUGGUGAUGCUAGAGUACGCCAUGGCCCACCCACGCCUCGUGCGUCUCUGCGAGGUUUACGAGACUCCGACUGAACUCAUCCUGGUCACCGAAUACUGUGCUGGUGGGGAGUUAUUUCAUGAGUGUGUGAUUGAAGAAUCGUUUAAAGAGAAAGAUGUGGUGCAUCUAAUGGUUCAGAUCUUGGAGGGACUUAUCUUCCUUCAUGAGAAUAACAUUGUUCACUUGGACUUGAAGCCUCAGAACAUCUUGCUGACAGAGCCAUUCCCUAAAGGUGAUAUCAAGAUUUGUGAUCUAGGAUUUGCAUGUCUGACAAACACUGGGGAAGACAUACGUGAUAUCAUUGGCACCCCUGACUAUGUUGCUCCUGAGGUCCUGGAUUAUGAGCCUCUCAGCAUUCAGGCUGACAUGUGGAGCCUUGGGGUUCUUUCCUAUGUGAUGUUGACAGCCUGCUCUCCCUUUGCUGGUGACACUCAACAGGAGACCUUCUGCAACAUUUCUCAGGUCAAGCUUGACUUUCCAGACGACCUCUUCUCUGACCUUAGUGAAGAUUCCAAGGAUUUUAUCCGCAAGCUACUUGUCAAAGAUCCAAGAGGGAGGAUGACAGCAAGGCAGUGCCUGGACCAUCCAUGGCUGAAGGCAGCUAGUGCGCAUCUGAAGAUCUCUCUUCCUCCUCAGGACCACACUGCUGAUUUAGCCAAAAGCAUGGCUCCACCAUCCAACUGGAACCCUGACCGCCGAAGCAGCUUUAGCAAGCCAUCAGCCUCGCCUACCCUGAGUGCCAAGUUGCACUCUCUGGGGACAUCACCACCUGCAGCCGAAAGAAACAGCCAGCAUGGACUUCCAGCUCCCCAAGGAGGUGUCACCCCAGAUGAGAAGGAUGGCAAGGUCGAGCACCGUGUUUUGUCCUUGUCUGGUGAAGACACCCUGAGCAGAACAAUUCAAGAGAUUGGUAUUGACACAAGCAGGCUUGAUUGUCGCUACUUAGACAAUGGAGAUUUGAGGGGUGUGUCCAGUGCAGAGAUGGAAGUGGCCAAGAAGAGACAAUCUGUGGAAAUACCUGUGAAAAAGGCAAAAUGCUGCAGCAGUGCCACCGACCAGGAGAUGCUGUUUCUUGGGCAGAAUGAUAAAGAUGGAGUGGAGUUGAAUGGCACAGAGUGCAUUACGGAGCAAGGGGAAGCAACUGCUGCAGCAGAAUGUAUUUAUGACUCACCAAUGCAGGAAUCUGGUGUAGCAAAUGACAGUGACAGUAAUUCCAUUAUUGUGGACAAAUUUGAAGAGAGAAGUAUACAUCUGUGAGAGUAUAGCAGGAGCUAACUGUCAAGUUGCAGUUCAGUUGAUGUGGAUGUGCUGAUAUCCACAAACUUUGAAUGCUUGUCGUACUUCAAGCAAAUGCAUCGCUGAAUUUCAAAUUCUUUCCAUUGAGGUGCACAUAUGCGGAAUAAAUUAAUGACAGAUGUAAACGUGCUGUAUUAAAACAGGAAAAAGACAUGAACAUAUAAAAGGAGACAAUGAUGAAAUGUAAAUAUUUUUGUUUAUUUGUGCCAUUGUUUGCAGAUUUAGUAUAGUACUUUAAAAGCAGGCUUCAGAAAAUGCAGUGCUACUUCCCAAACCCAAACUGACUUGUGACCACACAGUAUUUUCUAGGUUUCAUCCACACUUCCAAGUAUCAGACUAAAUUUCUGCUUCAUUGCUCUGUAGAUCAUUGUAUCAUGCAGACAUUCUGAGCUUUUUCAGGGUAGAGGUCAAUAGUGUGCUCAGGAAGUUAUAACUAAUCUUAUCACAAUCUUUCUAGAUACAACUAAAGUAUCUGUUCUUUUUAGGGUUUUUUUUUUUUUUACUUAAUAAAUUUAGGCUAUUUACUGCAUAAUUCAGGCUGAUAUUGCAUUAACACAGAGAGACCUAAGGUCACAUGAUGACUAUAAUCAUGAUCUGGGUACAGUGUAAAAAUCUUGCUUAGAGGAUCGAAGUGUAGAUGCUUAUAUCUCAUCUUUAUGUGUUUUCAAUCCAAUUAUGUCAUUUAGUAAUAUUUCCAAUGGAAACUUUAAAGACUAAAAGUAAUUUAAUACAACAUAUUUACACAGGUUGACUAGAUAGCAAGCUACCAUUACACUAUCAUUUCCUUUUUGGUAGAUUUCUUAUGCAUGCUAUUGCCAUACAACUAUGUUAUUACCAAAACAUACGUUUUUGAUCAAUGAAUGUGGAAAACAAAAGUCUGUGUAUACUUAUGAAAAACCAAAUUAAAUGUUAAACAGUGUUUUAACCUUGUCUAUUUAACUAUAUGAUCAUGUCUGAUAAAUGUUACCAAUCAGAUUUCUUCUUUAACAAAUUCGAAUGCAGUUUUAUUGAACUGUAAAAAAUCCCAGCAUUUUUGAAUGACCAGAUUUGAAGUUGUAGCAUAGCUACAUGAAAGAAUUUUAUAAUUUUAUGAAGAUAUUUACUCCUACACCUAAAAAAUAGAAUGCAGUCUGUAUGGAUCUGCCAGAGGUGUAUGUUGUGCCUUUUCCAAAUGCUCAGUAGGAACAUCAUGAGAUGUUCUGGUUCUGAAAAUUUAACACACACAAAUGCACUGACAAUUCAGCUCUUAACAAGAACACAAUAAUGCUAACACUAAUCCCCGUGCUUAUGUGUUUGCAAGAGAAGAGUUUCCUAUGCUAAGCCACCCAGGAUCCAUGCUUUAGUCUAGAAGCACACUUUCUACAGGCAGAUGCAGCCCUGAACAUUUUUGACAGUCCACUGUGUGCGUAUGUGUGAGAAAGAGAGGGGUGUGAGAGAAAGGUUUUGUCUUUAUACCCAUGUAGGAUAGAUAAAUGGAAAUGGAAUAGUAAAAUUUGUUUAAGAAGGUAUUCAUGUUUCUUAUUUGUAUUUUAACUAGAAUAUAGAAUGCUCUGUGCUCUCUUUUCCCUUUUCUAAUCUUUUAGUAUGUGUAUGCAAACAAACUAUUUUUGUACAGACUUUGCAUAUAAAUAGCAAAUCCUGAAAGAGAUGUAAAAUUGGAUACAAUUUAUUCAGUAUUUUGGGGUAAAAUUUGGGAAAGUAGCAGAGAAAAAAAUAGGCUUCACCCCAACCCCCCUCUUUCCCCAAUCCAAUUUAGUUUUUAACAAAAGAAAUAAAAGAGGAAGUGGAAAAAAACUGUUAAUGAAAGAAUGAAAAGUUGAUAUGUUAUUUGUGAAAUAGUCUUAAGUUUGUGCGUUAUCUUUUUUCAAAACACAUUUCUAUUCAAUGAUUCUCAGCAAGAGAAUAGGCUUUACAUACUGAAUGGCAUCAGUACACCUUUGAUUGUUGAUAUUUGAUUGUUAUUCAGUAAAAUAAUAUUUUGUGUUAGAAUUGGAAGCCAUUUGUCAACAAUAUUUUUUUCUCAUCACAAACCCAUCUUAAAGACUGUCUUUUCAUGUAAGAAUAUUAGUUUAAAAAUAGGAAUUUCUAGACAAAGGCGUGCUUCCUUUUGGUCCACAUUUACAUUUGCAUGCAUAUUUGUUAAAAUCUUGUAAGUAGCUGUAUUGACGGAAAGUACCCUCCAGUUUUAUGGGUUACAAAGAUGAUCUUUAGCAAUAGCUUAAUGAUAUACAUUUGUUUGUGAUGUAUCAUUUCCUGGCCUUGUUAGAUCUCAGCACUGCGUGUGGCACACUGGUAUGUAUUCCAAACCCUAGCAACCUCUGGCACUUUGCAAUUUUGUUUCUCAUUUUACUAGAUGAGUUGGGAUUGAUUCCAUUGAUGUAUCCUCCUUUGGCCCCUUUUUGGUCAGAGGUGGAAAUUUUCCAUUCCAUGUGCGAACCAUUAAUGGGCUGGCCUUAUCUCUUCUAGAUGACAUACUUGCCUAAAGUCAAGGUAGUAGAAUGGCUUUCUGUCAAAUAUUCCAAAAUUUAAAAAUGGCACAAACAAUGAAAGCACAGAAAGGCAGAACAAGAGAUGUCAUCAAGUUCUGAGCAGGUAUGCUUUCUAGCUGUGAGUUGUUCUCAGUAAUUUUUUUUACUAGAACAACCUAUUAUUCUCCAAGCAGCAAGGCAGGAGAAGUGAGAUUCUAUUGUCUUACUCUGCUGACAAAAAAAAAACUUCCCAGGCAAUUACCAUAAAAGACUGAAAAGCAGCUGAUUCUUGCUUAUCAUUACUGUGAAUAUGCUGAGUAGAAUUUGUAACAUUUAAUCUUUCAUUUUGAAAGGUGAGUUUCAGAAAAUGUUGCACUUCAAGUGGAAAAGAUUGCUCUAAUAAUUUUUAUUUGUUCUGCUUGCAUCAGCUAUGAUUUCUUUAAUCUCAUGUUAUAGUUUAUCUGGCCUGUUUUAAUAGUGUCCUCUGCAUCAGCAAAUUUUCAUUUUGGUUUUUCUUAACCACUUAUAUAAAAAGUUCAUGUACAUAAUGUUGAAGCAUUAUGUAAAUACCUUGACAAGUGCCUCUGCACUUGCACUUGUUGAAGUGAAAAACAAUCAGUCCUUAAUCUGCCAAAUUUGGAGGUUGCAGCAGAUACAUAGCCAUGAGCUGCAAUCAACACAAUCUUGUUGCUUUGGAUUGAUGUCACUGAUUUGCUGUGUUACUAAAAGUUGCAUCAAUGAAGAAAGUGUCCUAUAAGCAUCUUUAUAGUUCAGUGAAUAUUUCAGUUUUUUAAAAAAGCAUCUGAUGAAAUCGCUUAACGAGUUUAGCAGUUGCCAUUGCUGAAAUUCCAGAAUCUUUUGUUGCUACAGAUGAACAAAGUUUCCAUGUAGAGAAUAAUAAGUAAUAUCAUAAUGAUGUUUUGUAAAUGACACAUUAAGCAGGUGAUCAUAGAAUAAUGUACCACCUUUCAUUCAGCAUCAGGCAUUUCUAGGCAUUUAAUUCUUCUGUUUGUACAGAAACCUAGAAGAGCUUGUUCUUUCUUUUGACUCCCAUCAAGUGUACAGUUGUCAGAGAACCCCCUUGUACAGAGUUGUGUUUUCAGUUCCGAGUAUUAGUCAUGUGGCGUCAAGUCCACAUGAUAAUGGCGCAGCCUUUUUUUGUAGUGCACCCACUGAUUGUUGUGUUUGUAUUGCAAAUGAUAAGGUUGCGAUAUAAAGAAUGAAACCUGCACAGUAUCUUUAAUUUAUAAUGUUUGCUGCAUCCACUUACCCACUGGGUUGUUUUGUAACUGCUUUUUAUAACAAACAAAAACUUAUUAUUUUUAUAUUGUAGGACCAACUAUGGUUUUAGUUAUGUGUCCAUGCACACAUGCAUAUACUGCUACCACUUUGUUAAAAAAGGUGUGUGCAAGGGAAAGUGUGGACCUGUAUCUUUAAAUACCCGAUGCCAAUGAAGCAUCUUCUUGCAAGACUAUGUAUAUACCGUGCCAUUUACAGAAUUUAUCUCAUUUUGCUUGUAGAAUGCACUUCUGGAUGUGAAGUUUUAUAAAUCUCCUGGGUGAAAUUUUGAAUAUUUCUUGAAUUUUGUUUUUCCCAUGUUUUUAGUUAGGCAACUCAGAAAAUUGAUUUAUAAUAAUUUGCAUGUUUUUUGCAUAUGCACAUCUGCAUGUAUGUGUGGGUGGAUGUGGUAAAUGUACUUCUUGAACGAAUUUUUUCACAUGAUCUAAAGACUGCCAAUUUGAUACUAUAGAAGUGGAUCUAUAUUUUUGUAGAUGCAUGGUGUGAUGGAAAUUUAAGAUACUAUUCUCCUGUAAUAUACUGGUCUCCUAUAAUUUACUGGUCUCCUGCACCUUUUGGCGCACCAUUUUUUUUUUUUAACAGGAGUGAUGCUUAAAUACACUUCCAUUCCAAUCAGUAUCAUCUUCACUCUUAGUACCAUUGCCAUCCUGGACACUAAAUGACAUCUUUGGAGGAACUUAGGAAACUGCUUUGGAAUUGUCUUUUGAAACAAGAGGAUGUCACAAUAAUAUUUUCUUAUUAUGUAUAGCUUCACAGUUUCUAGUUUGCAGCUGAUAAACAUCUUUUCUAAUGUUAAUGACAGUGAGAUUUGGUAUAUUUUAACAUAUCUUGAAGUUUAUGACCACACAUUACUUUUCAGUUAAAACUGAUACACGAGAACCAAAUGAGGAUGAAAAGUCCUCCUAGGACAAGUUAGUGAACAAGAAUUUUUCUGUAGUGACAACACUUUUCAUGGGAGAUAGCUGGCAAUAAAAGAAUUUUACCCUUAUGAUAAGUUAACACCAAAUGUCAAUAAGGUCAGUGUAUAGAGCAAUAGGCUGUGUGUGAGCAUGCACCUGUUCAUGCUUGUGGGAAAGAAAUCUUUGUUUUGUUUCACAAGUUUAGGGGUAAGAAGCUUUUAUCAUAUUCUAGUUUCAGAUACUCGCCACCCAUUCUUGGAGUUAAUUGUGUGCUGCAAUCAUUCUGUUUUUAAGUUUGUUGCUGCAGUGUUCAAAUUUUAGGUCCAGAGGCUUUGAGCAGGAUGUAGUUAAGCUCCUAAUGCAAUAGACAUGCUUCAUACAGAAUGAGUGCAUGAAUAUAUAGCACAGAAAACAUAAAAUUUGUGCCAACUUUUCAAGACACUUUUUUGGUAGCAGGACAUUUUGCAAUUCUCUUGACUUCUGAAGUACAUUUCCUAAAGACGUGCUCUGUUUAUUUGUAUGAUGUGUUUGUGUCAGGUGAUCUUAAGCAGACCAAGCAUGCAGUAGCUAGAAAAUGGGCCGAUAGGCUGAUAACAUGCAUAUAGAUGGAAAGCACUGUAUCUCCAGAUUUUCCUCCCAAGCUGACUAGGGGUUCGCCUCUAUGGCUUUGUUCUGCGCAGCUGCCUUGCAUGGUUUCUAGAGACAUUUCUUCACUGUCGGUGCUCUAUUAAGCCAUGCAUCCACCUGAAUAUUUUAUUUGAAGACAGAGUGUGGUCAACAUACAGCUCUGAACAAGGCAGUGGCUGCCUUAAUGAACCAUGCACUACUUCAUUCUGUCUUUAUUUAGAAAGGAGUUUAAACCAGGAAAGCCUUUAGACAAUUUUUGAAAAUGCAAAGGCAUACUAGAGAAAGGCUAGCAUAUUAUUUUAUGUGUAACCAAGAGCUCCAAUAACAGUUUAAGGAUGAAAAACAUCAAAGCACCAGUGAAAACCAUUGGAUUUUGAACAUUUUCCUGAUUUGUUUUAAUAUCUAAAUUUUGUUUUCUGUAUGAUGUAUGACAUUGUAGCAACUUUUCUUAGUUUUGAAAUGGAUAUACAAGACUGAUUCUUUACAACUUUUUGUGUUUUCUUCUAACCCUACCCCUACUCCCUUCACACAUUUGACCCUUUGUGAGGUAUUAUCAAUUCACUAGUGUGUGAACUGUGUAUAUAUAUGGCAAUUCUUCCCCUAAGAUAAUUGAUAUUAAUAAAGAUUUGCACAAA